AGCUUUCAACGGCUGAGCAAUUGAAGUGUUAGACACUGUUUCCUGGCUUACCAUAGGCAGAAGGAAGAGAGAGCUGGAGGAGGUGGAUGUAGAUUCUAGCUCUGUGAAACUUUUUCUGUUAACUAAACGCCCCUGAGAAAACUGGCUACAUGCAAAAUUUUGAUGAAGGAUUGCUUCGAGGAAUACCUGGAUUAAUUUCCCAUGCUUUUUAAGUGUGCUGCGCUGCUCCCAAGGCCAUGUAAAGUUGGCUGACCACUAACCUCUCUCUGAGCAAAAGCCAGAUCCCAGGAAUUGUCAGUUCAAAACCUGCCACCACCAAGCCUGAGAGAGAUCUCUACCUUCAGGCGAUUUUUAUACUUGUGCAAGUCUGCAAUGACAUUGUACUACAAAUAAUGUGUUUAAAAUAGCCCAUGGGUGUGCAGCAGUAGCCUUGUGCAACAAGGGGAGCCAACUCAGUUAAAAUGGGCAACUCCGAGAGUCAGUACACCCUUCAAGGAUCUAAAAAUCAUAGCAAUACUGUUACUGGUGCUAAGCAAAAGCCUUGCUCCCUGAAAAUACGUAGCAUUCAUGCAAAGGACGAGAAGUCGCUGCACGGAUGGACUCACGGAAGCAGUGGAGCAGGGUAUAAGUCCAGGUCCCUGGCCCGCAGCUGCCUUUCUCACUUCAAGAGUCAUCAGCCUUAUGCGUCAAGACUCAGUGGGCCCACGUGCAAAGUGUCCAAAGGCAUCACCUAUGCCAAGCACAGGACAAGCACCUCAGGAAAUGAUUUCCAGGGCAACAGAGCUGCUUUCUCAUCAGAGAACAGCUUCCACUACGAUGACCACAAGCCAGCAGACAACCGCAUCACCUCGCGAGACUGCAAUGGACACCUUCUCAACUGCUAUGGGAGAAACGAGAGUGCUACCCCCACUGCCCCAGGUGAAGACCGCCGUAGCCCCAGAGUGCUCAUCAAGACACUGGGGAAGCUGGAUGGGUGUUUAAGGGUCGAGUUCCACAAUGGUGCUAACCACAGCAAAGGGCCUGCGGAGGACCCCAGGGGUCCAGUGCAGCUGCUGAGGUACUCACCUACAUUGGCAUCAGGAACCUCCCCUCUGCCAGAAGCCAGGAGGGACUCUGGUGCUGACUCCCCAGCCAGCCAGCGCCCUUCUCCCACUGACUCUCGCCUUCGUUCCAGUAAAGGCAGCUCUCUGAGCUCGGAGUCGUCCUGGUAUGACUCCCCUUGGGGCAAUGCAGGAGAGCUGAGCGAGGUGGAAGGCUCCUUCCUAGCUCCCAGUACGCCUGAUUCCAGCCUUCAAACCAGCUUCCCACCUGAUGAUGUCAAAAAGCCUUUCAACCAAAGCUCUUCCCUCUCUUCCCUUCGGGAUCUGUACAAAGAUGCCAACUUGGGGAGCCACUCCCCCUCUGGCUUCUGCCUUUCUGAUGAAUAUAUCGAUUCCCACACCAGCCUGAGCAAUCGCGUCUCUUUUGCAUCUGACAUUGAUGUGCCCUCCAGGGUGGAGCAAAGGGACCCCAUCCAGUACAGUUCCUUCACCCUCCCCUGCCGGAAAUCCAAAGCCUUAACCGAGGAUACUACGAAGAAGGACACCCUCAAAGGCAGAAUGCGACGCAUCAGCGACUGGACUGGAAGCCUCUCCCGGAAGAAGAGGAAACUCCAGGAACCGAGGCCGAGCUUUGACAGCUGCUCCGAUGGACUGAACACAGAUGUGCAGCUGCCCUCUCAGACGCCUGCCCUCCUGUGGCCAGGGGGCUCGGCUCAGAUCCUGUCUCACAGAAGCGAAUCUACUUAUGCGAUUGGCAGCGAUCCCCUUCAACAGAACAUUUACGAGAAUUUCAUGCGGGAGUUGGAAAUGAGCAGGACCAACACUGAGCGCGUAGAAACCUCCACAGAAACCGUGGAGUCCAGCAGUGAGUCACUAAGCUCACUGGAGCAACUGGAUCUGCUCUUUGAGAAGGAGCAGGGAGUGGUACGGAAGGCUGGGUGGCUUUUCUUCAAACCCCUUGUCACUUUGCAGAAGGAAAGGAAGCUGGAGCUGGUUACUCGGAGGAAGUGGAAACAGUACUGGGUAACGCUUAAGGGCUGUACCUUGCUAUUUUAUGAGACCUAUGGCAAGAAUUCUAUGGACCAGAGCAGUGCCCCUCGCUGUGCCCUUUUUGCUGAGGACAGCAUCGUGCAGUCCGUCCCAGAACACCCCAAGAAGGAAAAUGUGUUCUGCCUCAGUAACGCUUUUGGAGAUGUCUACCUUUUCCAGGCCACCAGCCAGACAGACCUGGAGAACUGGGUCACUGCCAUACAUUCCGCAUGUGCAUCCCUUUUUGCAAAGAAGCAUGGGAAAGAGGACACGGUGAGGCUGCUGAAGAGCCAGACAAGAAGUCUGCUCCAGAAGAUUGACAUGGACAGCAAGAUGAAAAAGAUGGCGGAGCUGCAGCUGUCUGUGGUGAGCGACCCCAAGAACAGGAAAGCCAUUGAGAACCAGAUCCGGCAGUGGGAGCAGAAUCUGGAGAAAUUUCACAUGGAUCUGUUCAGAAUGCGCUGCUACCUGGCCAGCUUACAGGGUGGCGAGUUACCGAACCCCAAGAGCCUGCUUGCUGCCACCAGCCGCCCCUCCAAGCUGGCCCUCGGCCGGUUGGGCAUCUUGUCUGUUUCUUCAUUCCAUGCUCUGGUGUGCUCUAGAGAUGACUCCGCUCUUCGAAAAAGAACACUUUCCCUGAGCCAGCGAGGGAGGAGCAAGAAGGGCAUAUUUUCUUCCUUAAAAGGGCUGGACACUUUGGCAAGGAAAGGGAAGGAGAAAAGAGCUUCCAUCACUCAGGUUGACGAACUCCUGCAUCUUUAUGGGUCAGCAGCCGAUGGCGCUCCCCGGGACAACCCCUGGGAAUUCCAGACGUACAUUCACUUUCAGGAUAAUCAGGGCGUUACUGUCACAAUCAAGCCAGAGCACAGAGUGGAAGAUAUUUUGACCUUGGCGUGCAAGAUGAGGCAGUUGGACCCCAGUCACUACGGCCUGCAGCUUCGGAAAUUAGUUGGCGAGAGCAUUGAGUGCUGCAUUCCUGCACCGUAUGAAUAUGUGCAAGAGCAGGUUUAUGAUGAAAUAGAAAUCUUUCCACUAAAUAUUUAUGAUGUGCAGCUCACGAAGACUGGGAGUAUCUCUGACUUUGGGUUUGCCGUCACAGCACAGGUGGACGAACAUCAACAUCUCAGCCGGAUCUUCAUAAGUGACGUCCUUCCUGAUGGCUUGGCAUAUGGCGGAGGAUUGAGAAAGGGCAAUGAAAUCAUGACCUUGAAUGGGGAAGCUGUGUCAGCUCUUGACCUUAAGCAGAUGGAGGCCUUGUUUUCUGAGAAAAGUGUUGGACUUACUCUCAUUGCCUGGCCUCUGAACACAAAAGCAACCCUGUGUACUUCCUGGUCAGACGGGGACCUGUUCUCCAGGGACCAGAAGCCUCUGCUGCCUUCCCCCAACCAGUCCCAGUUGCUGGAGGAAUUCCUGGACAACUUGAAAAAGAAUCCAGCGAAUGAUUUCAGCAAUGUCCCUGACAUCAGCACUGGUAUGAAAAGGAGUCAGACUGAUGGCACUCUGGACCAAGUCAGCCACCGAGAGAAAGUGGAGCCGACGUGCAGGAGUGCUGAACAGAUCACCACACUGUGUAGGGGCUUUAGCGACACCCAAAACAAGAGUAUGGAAGGACCCAGGGAGAGUCAGGACCCACCUCCAAGGCCUCUGGCCCGCCACCUGUCUGAUGCAGACCGCCUCCGGAAAGUCAUCCAGGAGCUCGUGGACACGGAGAAGUCUUAUGUGAAGGAUCUGAGCUGCCUCUUUGAGCUGUACCUGGAGCCACUUCAGAAUGAGACUUUCCUUACCCAAGAUGAGAUGGAGUCACUUUUUGGAAGCUUGCCAGAGAUGCUGGAGUUUCAGAAGGUGUUUCUGGAGACUCUGGAGGAUGGGAUCUCUGCUUCCUCUGACUUUGAUAUACUGGAAACUCCCUCACAGUUUAGAAAGUUGCUAUUUUCCCUUGGUGGCUCAUUCCUCUAUUAUGCGGACCACUUUAAACUCUACAGUGGAUUCUGUGCUAAUCAUAUUAAAGUACAGAAGGUUCUUGAGCGAGCUAAAACCGAUAAGGCUUUCAGGACUUUUCUGGAUGCCCGGAAUCCCACUAAGCAGCAUUCCUCGACCCUGGAGUCUUACCUUAUCAAGCCAGUUCAGAGAGUGCUCAAGUACCCUCUGCUGCUGAAGGAGCUUGUAUCACUCACAGACCAUGAGAGCGAGGAGCACUACCACCUGACAGGUAAGCUAGGAUGGGCCUGCAUGCCCACGAGCACACUUGUUCUCCUGUGUACAGAUUCUAUAGUAUCCUUUGGUAAAAAUGAUCUCAGUGGGAAGUCCCAACGUCCUCUGGUAACAGAACUUUCCAUGGGAGAACUUCUGAUGCACUCUACAGUCUCCUGGUUGAAUCCAUUUCUUUCUCUAGGAAAAGCCAGAAAGGACCUUGAGCUUACGGUAUUUGUUUUUAAGAGAGCUGUCAUACUGGUUUAUAAAGAAAACUGCAAACUGAAAAAGAAACUGCCCUCCAAUUCCCGGCCUGCACACAGCUCUGCUGACCUGGACCCAUUUAAGUUCCGCUGGCUGAUCCCUAUAUCUGCACUGCAAGUCAGACUGGGAAACACAGCAGGGACAGAAAAUAAUUCCAUAUGGGAGCUGAUCCAUAUAAAGUCGGAAAUAGAAGGACGGCCAGAAACCAUUUUUCAGUUAUGUUGCAGUGACAGCGAGAGCAAAACCAACAUUGUUAAGGUGAUUCGUUCUAUUCUGAGGGAAAACUUUAGGCGUCAUAUAAAGUGUGAAUCACCCCUGGAGAAGACCUGUAAGGAUCGCCUGGUACCUCUCAAGAACCGAGUUCCUGUUUCAGCCAAAUUAGCAUCGUCCCGGUCUCUCAGAGUCCUCAGGACCUCCUGCAGCAGUGAGUGGCCCAGUGAGGGCAGCAAGGCCAACUCACUGGACUCGGACGAGUGCAGCCUGAGCAGCGGCACCCAGAGCAGCGGCUGCUCUGCGGCCGAGAGCAGGCAGGAUUGCAAGAGUGCAGCUCCUGCAGUGGGCGACCCUCCUGUGGGUGAGCCCCCUGUGGGCUUGGCAGAAUUUCCUGACAGUGUCAUCAAAGAGAGUGAUAUUCUGAGCGAUGAAGAGGAGGAUUACCACCAGACUCUGAAACGGAGCAGCCCCACCAAGGACAUUGAAAUUCAAUUCCAGAGACUGAGAAUCUCCGAGGGGCCUGAUGCCCACCCUGUGGAGCAGCAGCCUGGAACGGGGGUGCAUGAAGGCCCGAACGUGGAGCAGCCCAAGCUGGUCCGGGCCCAUUUCUGCCCCAUUAAACGAAAGGCGAACAGCACCAGGAGGGACAGAGGAGCUCUGCUGAAGGCGCAGACUCGUCACCAGUCCCUUGACAGCCAACCUGAAAAUAUCAACAUUGACCUCAAUUUUGUUCUAGAGCGAGAAUUCAGUGUCCAGAGUUUAACUUCAGUUGUCAAUGAGGAGUGUUUUUAUGAAACAGAGAGCCAUGGAAAAUCAUAGUACAAUUCCAUCCAGAUAAGGGUUACACUGCUCACUUUUUAAACUGGUGGUAAAGUGAAAAUUGCAGAAAAACUAUUCAUCAUUGGUUUUGUGCAGUAUGCAUUUUCCCACAAAAUUGUUGUAAAGAUUUAAGUUAUUUUAAUUUAUUGUGGAUCAGAAAACUAGAUUAAACUUGUCAGAAUCUGUAAAUUACUUAGUUUGUAUCCCUUUUGAGCAGGUAUCAAAAUGAUUUAGAAUCCUGAAAACUACAUUCUAAUUUUAAGUUAUGUGGAAAAAUGAUGGCGAAGUUGUGAUUAAUAGCUUUCAAAAGGAUCAUUUUUGUUUUUUCAAUCCUCUGGGCAUUUUCUUUGGGCUGUUUUUGCUUUAUUUAAAAUAUAUUUAAAUUAUUUUAAUGUGGAUUGGGGUACAAUAUGCAGAUAGUUCAUUUUUGUAGGGUUGUAAUAGAGGCUGUUUAUACUAAACAUGUCAUAUCUAUGUAGUAUAUAUAUUAAAUGCUUGUACUGUAUCUUAUAUUUAUUUUCUCUACCAAGCUGUACAGUAAAAGGAACAUAAGUCACCUGGUCACUGGUAUUUU